CGCAUAGACUGCAUACCAUAUGAAGUUUUUCGCAACGGUACACGUUUCCUCCUCACCCAUCUCUAUUUUUGUCUCCUACCCUAAAGAAAUUUCAGAGAAAAUAUUCCCAUAAGUAGUCCCUCCACAAACUCCCCCAUCACCAUUACCUUCAUCCCUCUCUCCCUUAUUAUAUCAUCAUCCUCCUCCUCUCCUUCAAUUCCCACUCAUCAUGUCGAAGGACUGCGGCAGACACAGGCGCGAGCUCUUCAUCCGCCGCCUCCUCUACGUCCUCCUCCUCCUCGUCAUCCUCAUCCUCAUCGCCAUCCUCGUCGUCUACCUCGUCCUCAAGCCCACCAAGCCCAAGUUCUACCUCCAAGACGCGAGAGUCAUAAGAUUCAACUUAACCCAACCUAACCUCCUCACCUCCCAGCUCCAGGUCACCAUCUCCUCCCACAACCCCAACGACCGCAUCUCCGUCCUCUACUCCAACCUUCGAGUGUAUGCCUCCUACAAUUACCAGCAGAUUACGCUUUCGUCCCCAAUACCGCCAGUCUACCAGGGGCACAAUGAUGUGGAUGUCUGGUCGCCGUAUUUGAGCGGAGAUGGGAUCCCGAUAGCUCCGUUCUUGGGGCAGAUGUUGACGGAGGACGAGGCUGAUGGGUAUUUUUUCUUGUGGGUGAAGGUUGAAGGGAAGUUGAAAUGGAGGGUUGGCAGCUGGACUUCUGGGUUUUAUCAGUUGUUCGUGAAUUGUCCGGCCUAUUUGUUGUUCGAUCGGGGCGGCGGGGGUUCGAACUCCGGGGGUGGGGUUGAGUCGGCCGUCGGGAUCAAGUUUCAGCAGGUUUCGACUUGCAGUGUUGAUGUUUGAAUUUGAUGUGUAAAUUACGAGGAGAGAGUUACAUGAAAGGAAGUUAUAGGGGUUGUGUUUUUGUGCAGGUAAUGGGAGUUGAUGGUAUUGUACUUGUGAUUUCAGCAAUAUAUUUCACUUUAUGGCUUUUUUA